AUGUCGCGCAGCGACGCAACGCCGUGUGCACUCUUGCAGAAGGAAGCGUCGCAGCGCCAACAGCGUCGCAGCGUCGCUCCCGCGUCGCAGCGUCGCAGCGUCGCAGCGCCAACAGCGUCGCAGCGUCGCUCCCGCGUCGCAGCGUCGCAGCGCCAACAGCCGCCAACAGCGUCGCAGCGUCGCAGCGCCACCCGCCCCCCGGAGCGUCGCAGCGUCGCAGCGUCGCAGCGCCACCCGCCCCCGGGAGCGUCACAGCGCAACAACGUUCGAAACGAACAUGUGGCUGAGGUUGAGCCAGAUGGUGGGCCGGCAGAAGAGUUGAAAGUUCAACGCGGAACUGUGAGUGUCGAAACUGCGGAUGCAGCCAGAAGAAAAGCUAGAUUGAAGAAUGUCCAGCGCCAUGCCGCAACCAGAUGCCUGAGAGCACAGUACUGGACGGGACCAACUGUUCUUGCAGCAGUCAAACUGUUGUUGACUGAGCUUAUUGGCUCCAGACAGAGCUUAGAGCUUGGAACAGCGCCGCAGAGUGUGCGCAACAAGAGGAUGGACAAAACUGCUGCUACGGUGCUGCAGUUGAACAAGGAACUGCGCACGGCCAGGUCGGUAGACGAUUUGGGUUCAAUCGUCGAGGAAAGAUUGCCUGAGUUUGACGGCCGUCAUGUGGCAACUUGCAUAUAUGGCUUGGCCACCCUAGAUACCAGGCUGGACGCUGGCAAAUGGUCAGUUGGUAGGGUGGGCCGAAAGCUUGCCCCGCGGCUCACUAAGGAGCUGGAAAGCGAAGGUCUUGGACAUCGAAGCCUGUCCAACGUUUGUUGGGCGGUGGCGAAGCUAAGUAGUGCAGCUCCUGAGUUGGAGUCACUUUCGGUCUCGUUGGCACUUGCUGGCGCUCCGCGGACUUUUGAGAUGAAUUCGCAGGGUUUGUCCAACACGUGCUGGGCUGUGGCUGCCCUUCAGCUAGCAGUCACCGAGGGUGCAGAUUUCUGGCGGGCAGCAUGCCAUGCCUGUCCUUCUGUGAUUGUAACUUCGGAGUCUUCGGAGGAGUUGUUGCCACAACACCUGACGACCCUGGUUUGGGCCAUGGCAGUUGCAAGGGCAGAGGAUACCUUUGAACAUGCUGGCGACGCGAGUGAUGCAGUUGCGCAGCAGGCAGCGGCCAGCUACAGAGAGUUUUCACCACAGAAUAUAGCGAUGACUCUGUGGGCGUUCGCAAAGCUUUCUCAGGCCCCAGAACCAUUGGUUUUCUUGUUUCAACGCCAAGCUUGCAGUGACGGUCUGAAAGGUUUUGGUGCCAUGCAGAUAUCCACCACCGUGUGGGCGAUGGCAAGGAUUGCCGAGGUUUCAAAGCAUGCUGCAAAGCAGGGCAUCUUCCGAGCGCUGCUCAUCCAAAAAGGUUGCAAGCGGCUGGCUGAAUUUUCGGAGCAGGGGAUAGCCAAUUUGUCCUUUGCCUUAUCAAAUCAAUUGAAUAUUCCGCGAUCUGCCAGAACAAGAAACUCAAACAUGAAAAAAUACAUCAUGAAUAGUAAUGUGGGAUACAGAUUAGUGUGGGGAUACAGAAUUGUGUCCACAGACUCCAAAAUUAUUUUGUAA